AUGAGAAGAUUAAUGAAGGGUAAGCGAAGAAAGUCUGAAAGUCCUAGUGACGCCGAAUCAGAAGAAAAUGGCGACAAUGCGCAUCAAGUUGAAGACGCUGAUCAGCCAAAUAAAUCAGACGAUAAUAAUGAAAGUGCUUCGAAAUCAAAACGCAAAACCUCGCGUGGAAAAGAUAAAACUUCUGCGGAUGAUUCUGAUUUGGCCAAAAAUGAUAACGACGCCGAUGAAAAAUUAUCUGAAAUUUCGGCACAGGAAAAUGGAAAUCCCGCCAAGGGUGGAGAUAACAAACGCCGAAAAAAAGAGGACCGUAAACCUACUACUUCUGAGGAAAAUGAAAACAGCGAGCAAGAAUAUGAGGUCGAGAAAAUUAUUUCACGGCGUACAAUUAAGGGCCGUAGACAAUUUCUGGUACGCUGGAAAGGUUACGACGAAAGCGCAGAUACCUGGGAAAACGAAAAAGACCUUAAUUGCGAACAGUUGAUAGAAGAUUAUAUGGCUGAGGAAGAAAAUAAUGGCGAUAAAACUGACCAGACUGAGGAAAAAGCUAAAAAAUCGACAAAGAAAACACCAAAGUCUAAUAAAAAAACAAAAAAGACCAAAGCCACAAAAAGACAACGUGACUCAGAUAAUAAAGAACCGGAAAAUGAUGAGGAUGGUGGUGGUACUGAAGAAGACGCUUCUGAAGAGAAAACUCCUACGAAGCGAGGAAGAAAAUCGAAAGCUGCCAAGCCACAAAACGAUGAUAAUGAGGAUGAAAACGGUGACGAGGAGAAAGAAUUUGAAGUAGAAAAAGUCCUGGACGUUCACUUUAAAAAAAAUAAAUCUCGGGAAUUUUUAAUCCGCUGGAAAGGCUUCACGGCUGCCGAUGACACAUGGGAGCCAGAAGCAAACCUUAACUGUCCUGAUUUGAUAACCAAGUUUAUGGAAAAAGUUGAAAAAGCUCGGUCCACUGAACUACGAGAACUCCGUACCAACCCUUCGCAUACUAAGCGAUAUACUUUGACAAUGCACAAUAAAGAAAGACGCCUUUCUCGUCGUAAUUUGGGCAAAGAAAGGUAAACAUUUACUAUUUAU